AUGGAGCCCAGCGCACUCCACCAAUCAACUUCAGCAGAGUCACUGACACCAGCGCCAUAUGGACGUGCAUGCGUGGCAUGUUCCCGAGCCAAAUGCAAAUGUUUCUAUCGGUCUGAUGGUUCUGGAUGUGAGAGGUGUCAUCGUCUAGCCAAGGCUUGUGAACAGCCGAUAUCUAUACGUAAGCGCAGAGCUCGAAGGGCUCCCUCUCGGUUAGCGCAUUCGCCGCCACAUCGUAAUUUGCUGGAAGAGAAGCUGGACAGCGUGAUAUCCCUUUUGCGCUCGCAGGCGUCCGCCAAACAGCCCGUCGAACGAAUCCUUGAAGCUAGGCCCAGUACUGACGAUACCCCAUCAACAAUGAGAUCGCCAGACGAUCCUAUCCUUCCAUCGAUUGCGCGUGGCCCAGAGGUCGUUAUUGACACGACUGAAAGCGUCGUUCAUCUAUUUCGGCCUACCGAGACCCCAAAUGACCCACCAUCGAUGGCGCUUAGUCCUGUAUCACCAAUUGCGCUUGAUAUACCUCUUGAUAGUAUCACGAAGUGGGAGGCUGAGGAGCAAUUAGCAACAUUUCGUCGUGCUUUUAUCCCCAUGUUUCCAUUCAUUAAUAUUCCAACCACAAUAUCUGCUUUCGAUUUACGUAGGGAGAAACCUUUCGUUUGGCUUGUCAUCAUGGCGUUGACUACAAAAGUCGUUUCGAGACAAUUCGAUCUUGCAGACCAUAUUUGGAAAAUCAUAUCGCGACGGGUCCUGUGUGAACAAUAUGCAAAUUUGGAUCUCCUUCUCGGCAUAAUUUGCUUUUCCUCUUGGUCGCAUCACUUUAAAAAAGACAAGCCCUUCAUGACUAUGCUUACCCAGAUGGCUGUGUCGAUGGCUUUCGAACUCGACCUACACUGUGGAACAUCACCACGUGGCAGACCUAGCCGUCUAACAGCCCACCAGACAUCCGCAAGACCUGAUCGGACCAUGGAGGAACGUCGCACAUUCGCUGCACUAUUUCAUCUUACUUCUGCGUGGGUAGCAUCAAGUAGAAAAUGA